AUGUUUCAGGUUAUGCGAAGAGUAUCUACUCUUCAUACACCGUUAACCUGUUUUCACAACGAUAUAAAUCUACGUUAUCGCCGUCAAGUAUCAACAACUGCAGACUUAUACUUUAAUUGUUAUGUCAAAAGAAGAAUUACGCAAAAUCUCGUACAAGAAACGCGAAUUCUAAAAAACCAAGAGCAAAUAUUUCCGCGUUCUCGUCGUUUUUAUGCAACAACAACAGAAGUUGGACCAAAAUAUAAUACCGCAACCUCUGUAUGGCAUAUAUUUCAGUAUCUUAUUAGAUCUCUUACGACCCACCACGCCCGCUUAUUCUUUGAUAAUGUGUAUCCUGUUAAAGUGGGCUUUUUUGAUCUUCGGUAUUAUAUAGUGAGGCCAAGCAAAGAGGGGUUAGAAGAAAAGGUCAAGUCUGGGAAAAAGUGGCUUCCGCCUGAAAAAGACUUGCCUUAUGAUUUUAAAGUGACUGGAGUUGAGCCAAGACGGAGAGAAGGCGGGAUGUUUGUCAAUUUUUCGUUUAAGACUGAUCCUGCUUGGAAAACACAGGCAUUGGAGGAUAUUAGGGAACAUGUAGAACGACAUUUAGAAAAUAAGCAUCAUGUUCCAUGGUUUAGUAUAAGUGAAGCUCGCGCUUUUUUGGUUAAGGGAGAGCCAUUUAUUGAAGAUUUGGCCAGUAGAUAUCCCGCAAGUCGAUUACGUGUAGAAUUUCAAGGACCGGAUGUCACUACUGAAUCUUUAUAUAAUAUUUUUCGUCCAUAUGGACGUAUACGAGAUAUAAAUGUACUUCCUCCCUCGGUCAAAGACUUACCCCGAUAUGCGACAAUACAGUAUAAUGUGAUGCGCGCAGCAACCAGCGCCAAGAACUGUGUUCACGGAAAAGUGGUGGACGGUACAAGAUUAAGUAUUUUGUAUGAUAGACCGAUAAAAACAAAUUUAUUCACUGAUUGGAUGGCUAAGCAUCCGAGAAUUGCGAUACCGCUUAUUGCAGCAUUGAUUGCCGGUAUCACAUACAUAAUAUUUGACCCCAUCCGCAAAUUCUUUAUUGUUUCCAAAGCGACACAGCGGUUCAACCUUCAAGAGUAUCCUCUAUAUCAAUGGCUUCGUCGGGAAACUAUUGAUCGGUUAUGGACCAAAAGAAAGGCCGAAGAAGAGGAGGGCGCAUUAGCAGAUUCGUGGUCGGAACGGCAAGAGGAAGAAAUGAAGUUACAAAUAUGGUUAAAAGAACCGCCUGAAACUUUUAUUGUUUUGUUGGGGCCUCGUGGUAGUGGCAAAACUGCAUUUAUUAAUCGGGUAAUUGAGAAUAAAAAGACCAAAGUGGUGAUAAAAUGCGAUGAUAUUCUUAAUUCGCGGGAUGAAAAUGAAGUUGUUCUGAAACUGGCGAAACAGGUUGGAUAUUUUCCAGUUUUUGCUUUCCUCGUUGCGAUGUCCAACAUUAUCGAUUCAUUAGCAACUAUAACAUUAGGUCAAAAAGCAGGAUUUACAUCAACAACCGAUACCGAAAUAAAGAAAAUUCUAGAUGAGCUAGCGAUAGCGUUACAUGAUAUUGCUCCAGAAUCAAUAGCCAAGAAACCUCGGCCCAAAGAAAAAAACAAAGGAUUACACGUAUCCCCAAUUGUCGAAGAAUUUGAUCCUGAUGAGAUACCUGUUGUGGUUAUUGAUAGCUACAUGACGAAAGACAAGGAAAAACAUGAUUUAUGGGAUCAUUUGGCCAAAUUGGCUGUUUUAUUGGUGGAAAAUCGUGUUGCGCAUGUGAUUUUCGUGACUUCUAAUAUUGGAGCUAUUAAACCGCUUAGUAAAGUGCUUCCAACAAAAACUUUUAAUUAUGUUGUCUUGUCUGACGCUCCUCCGGACAGAGCUAUAAACCUUGUAAAAAGACAUAUUGGUGACGCCGCCAACAUUGAGAAAAUUGAGGAAUCAGUAAGGACACUUGGAGGUCGCUUGACAGAUUUAGAAAUAUUUAUUAGCAAAAUCCGAGGAGAGGCUUUGAAUGACCUUAUCGCGAAAUCAAUUGUCGAAAUACAUAAGUACGCUUUUGGCGAUGAUGCAGAAGACGCAAAGUCUAUUCCAUGGAAAGGAAUACAGUUCUGGAUAAUAAUGAAAAGUCUUGCACGUGGAGAAACUGUCUCUUAUAAUACAAUGAAAUUCUCGCCGAUAUUCAAUAAAGACGAUACACCAUUAAAAGCAAUGGAACAAGCCGAACUAAUCACAAUAACUCAGAUAAAUGGUCGUCCCAACUUGAUUCGUCCCGGAAAACCAUUAUACCAAGCUGCAUUCGAACAAAUCGCGUCUGAUAAAGUAUUUGCCGAUACUAUGGAACUACAAACAUAUGAAUACCUGUUAUCAUUCGAAACAGCAAAAAUACAUAAAUACGAAUCAGAGCUUGCAUCUUUAGGACAAUUACUUGUAAAGCAGGAUGGCAAGUGGAUAUUUGGCGGAGGAAAUGUGCCAUCCGAAGUUCAAGAUCGAGUUAAAUUCUUGUUAUCAUUACUUCAUAAGAAACAUGUGCUCACUGAAAAUUAUCAAACACGAGUGUCGGCGUUGAAAAAACAGGUGGCAGCUGCUGGCAGUUCAUAG